AUGCAAGUGAUCCAGCUCAACCUGAAUCACUGCAGAGCGGCGCAGGACCUUCUGCGACACACCGUAGGCGAGGUGAAUGCUGACAUAGCUAAACUCAGCGAGCCGUACAGCGUCGGGCCAGGCGAGGAGUGGGCGACCAACAUUCAGGGCAAGGCGGCCAUUUGGAUCUGCAACAGUUCCGCGGAAGGGCCAUGUCAAGUAAGGAGAGACGAAGGGUUCGUGAGAAUCCAGUGGGGAGGUACAUGGGUGUAUAGUUGCUACCUAGCCCCAAGCCUUUCACUCGAUGCUUACUGCAAGGCUCUAGAGGAGCUUGCGGUAGAUGCCGGAGGCAAACACCCAGUGCUAAUAGCAGGUGAUUUUAACGCGUGGGCACAGGAGUGGGGGAGUACCACCACGAAUGCUAGAGGCAGAGCCUUGCUGGAGAUCCUAGCACCCCUGGACCUCGCCCUUCUCAACGAGGGCAACCAGGAAACCUACAACACCUUCGUCCUGCUGACCUUCGUCAGCAGUAGUCUGGCACGGACUUCAAAGUGGGAAAUCGCCGACAUCUACACGGCCAGUGACCACGAGGCCAUACUUUGCUCGCUUGGAACCAGCCAGGCGAUCUCGAGCAUUCCCCCCUGCGGCAAGGCGUUUCGACAGGAUACGUUAGACGUCCAACAAUUGGAAACCCAUAUGCGAACGGCGGAGCUUGAUCUCCACGAGACAGCCAACGAAUCGGCGGAGGCGCUUGCUACGGUCCUUGAUGCGGCCUGCAAGGCAAGCAUGAAGGAGCGCACGAACUUUGCUCGGCAUCACAAGCCGGCCCCGUGGUGGACAAGCCAAAUCUCGUCUCUCCGCAAAGAAUGCCUAAGGUCUAGACGAUCCCUGCAGCGAGCUCGAGGCACCGACGCGCAGGAGCAAAGGCACCUUGAGUUCAAGGCAGCUAGGAAAGCGCUGAAAACAGCCAUACGGGACAGCAAGCGAGAGUUGUUUCUCAAGCUAUGCGAUGAAGCGGAACACGACCCAUGGGGACAGGCGUACAGAAUGGUGUCAAAAAUGGUCAAGGCGGGGAGCCAGCACCCCUCCGACCCGUUAGCACUGAGGGCGAUAAUUGACGUCCUGUUCCCAAGCAGUAGAGCGGAGGGAAUCCACCCGGCUAUUGAGAAUUCGGAAGACAAGUCGGUGGAAGCAGUCACAGCAGAGGAGGUGCUAGUGGCCGCUUGGAACCUAGCCUCUAAGAAAGCUCUCGGUCCGGACGCGGUGCCAAAUCGAGCGCUAAAAGUGGUUCUGGCCCAAAUACCAGAAAAGGUAGCAGCCAUUUACAAUUAG